UGUGAACGUGGGAACGUUUGUGGGUUGCUACUGGAGUAAAAAAAAAAAAAAUUUGUUUGACAGGGAGGUGAGGAGACCUGGCACACGGGGAUCGGAGAGAGAAGUUAAGUUCUUAGUGUGUCUGUGGCAGUUUCCGAGUCAACGGGGAGGCUGACUUGAGAGCGACAAAUGAUCCGUACGAGUCUAAGCAACAGGGCACGGAGCGAUGUGUCAGGGACUGUUUCAGCCUUGAGCAGAGGAAAGCGCGACUAGUACACCGCAACGCGGAAAAUAUUGAAGGGGGGUGAGAAUGCGAAUGGUGCGAAGAUACCGAAAUCAAACAAAAUGGAAACGAUGUAGCGUCGCUGCGGCAUUUCAUAUAGCUAGAACUAACGUUAGAGUAGAGAACAGAUAGCUAAAGGAGCUAGCAGGUUAACUAACAUACAUGUAAAGUUAUUCCCCGGAGAAGCUGAAAGCAGAGCCCGGAGGCGUCUGUUGAAUCGGAAGAGUUCAUCAGUACUGCGAAAUACAAGAAGACAGACGAGAAGAUGCUACGGAGAAGGCUGAACCGUUUGCUUGGUGGUGAUGAGAGAAGAGUAGACAGUAGGACUAUCUAUGUUGGGCAUCGGUCGUGUUCCGCCACUGAGGCUUUCAUCCCACCCAAGUUCUGUGAUAACAGGAUUGUGUCCUCCAAGUAUACAGUUUGGAACUUUCUACCAAAGAACCUGUUUGAACAGUUUAGAAGAAUUGCCAAUUUCUACUUCCUUAUCAUCUUCCUGGUGCAGGUGAUAGUGGACACCCCCACCAGCCCAGUCACCAGUGGCCUACCCUUAUUUUUUGUGAUCACAGUAACCGCUAUAAAGCAGGGCUAUGAGGACUGGCUACGGCACAAGGCUGACAAUGAGGUGAAUAAGUACCUAGUGACGGUGCUAGAGGAUGGCGGGAGGAUUCGGAAGGAGAGUGAGAAGAUCAAGGUUGGAGAUGUUGUGGAGGUGGAGGAAGAUGAGACUUUCCCCUGUGAUUUAAUACUCCUGCAGUCUAGCCGAGACGACGACACAUGUUUUGUUACCACAGCAAGUCUGGACGGAGAGUCCAACCAUAAAACACACUACACAGUGCCAGACACAGAGAAGGAUCUGGAAUCUCUCAACGCCACCAUUGAGUGUGAACAGCCACAGCCUGACCUUUACAAGUUUGUCGGCCGUAUGCACAUCUACAAAAAUGAUCAGGAGCCUACAGUAAGGUCUUUGGGCCCAGAAAACCUUCUGCUAAAAGGGGCAACUUUAAAGAACACUCAGAAAAUCUGUGGUGUUGCAGUUUACACUGGCAUGGAGACAAAGAUGGCUCUCAACUAUCAGGGCAAGUCUCAGAAACGCUCUGCUGUGGAGAAGUCUAUCAACGCCUUCCUUCUGGUUUACCUUUGCAUAUUGGUGAGCAAGGCCCUUGUGUGCACUACACUUAAGUAUGUGUGGCAGAGCAAGCCUGGACAGGAUGAACCGUGGUACAACGAGAAAACCCAGAGAGAGAAGGAGACCAAUCUAUAUCUAAAAAUGUUCACUGACUUCCUGUCCUUCAUGGUGCUCUUCAACUUCAUCAUUCCGGUGUCCAUGUAUGUGACGGUUGAAAUGCAAAAGUUUUUGGGAUCCUUUUUCAUCACUUGGGACAAGGACUUCUUUGACCCUGAAAUCAAGGAAGGGGCACUGGUCAACACCUCCGACCUCAAUGAGGAGCUGGGACAGGUGGAGUAUGUCUUCACAGACAAGACGGGCACCCUCACUCAGAAUAACAUGGAGUUCAUUGAGUGCUGCAUCGAUGGUUUCCAGUACAAGUACCGGGACGCAAGCUCAGAGUUGGACGGAUUCUGUGUCACAGAUGGACCUGUGAGCAAACUACAGCAGAAAGCUGGCAGGGAGAAGGAGGAGCUGUUUCUGCGUGCCCUGUGUCUGUGCCACACAGUCCAGGUGAAGGAGUCUGCAGAGCAGGGUCAAGGCCAAAAGGAUGGGCAGAUAGACGAGGUGGAUGGCUUAGGGGUGGAUGGAGGAGUUAUCCAUCCUCUGCAGGAGCAGAGAGGCUUUAUAGCUUCCUCACCUGAUGAGGUUGCUCUGGUCAAGGGUGCCAUGAGGUAUGGCUUUACAUUUCUGGGUCUUGAAAGCAAAACCAUGAAAAUUCUCAACAGGAACAAUGACGUUGAAAUGUAUGAACUGCUCCAUGUGUUGAACUUUGACCCUGUGAGAAGGCGAAUGAGUGUAAUAGUCAGAUCCAAAUCAGGUGAUACACUGCUCUUCUGUAAGGGGGCAGACUCAUCCAUCUUUCCCCGUGUCAGACAGGAGGAGGUCGAAAGGAUACGCAUGCAUGUGGAGCGUAAUGCAACAGAGGGCUACCGGACACUGUGUGUGGCCUACAAAAUUCUCAGUGCAGAGGAGUACGCCCAGGCCGAUGCAGGAUUGAGAGAAGCUAGACUGGCUCUGCAGGACAGAGAGGAGAAGCUCAUGACUGUUUACAACCAAGUGGAGACGGGCAUGAGUCUAAUAGGAGCUACUGCUGUAGAAGAUCGGCUUCAAGAAGAGGCAGCAGAGACCAUGGAAGCUCUGCAGGGGGCAGGCAUGAAGGUUUGGGUCCUAACGGGGGACAAGAUGGAGACGGCAAAGUCCACCUGUUAUGCUUGUAGAUUAUUCCAGAGAAAUACAGAGCUGUUGGAGCUGACGGUGCGUACUCUGGAGGAUGGAGGAAGGAGGCGUGAGGAACGACUGCAUGAUCUCCUGCUUGAAUAUCACAAGAAAGCUGUACAGGAUGCACCACCAGUGAAGGCAGGCGUCACCAGGAGCUGGUCUUCGGCAGGCCAGGACUAUGGUUUUAUCAUAGAUGGAGCCACUCUCUCGAUGGUGCUCAACUCCUCCUCUGAAUCCAACUCAAAUCGCUACAAGAACCUGUUCCUGCAGAUUUGUCAAAACUGCACAUCUGUGCUCUGCUGCCGCAUGGCUCCUUUACAGAAGGCACAGAUAGUUAAAAUGGUGAAGAACUCUAAAGGAAGCCCAAUCACCCUUUCCAUCGGAGAUGGUGCCAAUGAUGUCAGCAUGAUUUUGGAAGCUCAUGUUGGCAUUGGUAUUAAGGGUAAAGAGGGUCGGCAGGCAGUGAGGAACAGUGAUUAUGCCAUCCCCAAACUCAAGCACCUCAAGAAACUUUUGUUGGCUCAUGGGCAUCUCUACUAUGUUCGCAUUGCACACCUGGUGCAAUAUUUCUUUUACAAGAACCUUUGCUUCAUCUUACCUCAGUUUUUGUACCAGUUCUUCUGUGGCUAUUCCCAGCAACCCCUGUAUGACGCGGCCUAUCUGACGAUGUACAACAUCUGCUUCACCUCUAUGCCCAUCCUGGCUUACAGUCUCUUGGAGCAGCACAUCUGCAUGGAGGUUCUGCUGGACAAUGCUACCCUCUACAGAGAGAUUGCAAAGAAUGCCAUGUUACGGUGGGGACCGUUCCUCUACUGGACUAUACUUGGAGUCUUCCAUGGCUUGCUCUUCUUCUUUGGUGUUCGAUAUUUGUUCAGUAACCCAGCACUGCAGGAUAAUGGCCAGGUUUUUGGGAACUGGUCAUACGGAACAAUUGUCUUCACUGUCCUUGUCUUCACUGUCACACUAAAGCUUGCUCUGGACACACGGCACUGGACAUGGAUCAACCACUUUGUAAUCUGGGGCUCCCUGGCUUUCUACGUGUUUUUCAGCUUCUUCUGGGGAGGAAUAAUAUGGCCUUUCCUGAAGCAGCAACGUUUGUACUUUGUGUUUGCCAACAUGCUGAGCUCGGUGUCAGCCUGGCUGGUCAUCAUUUUGCUCAUCCUGCUCAGCCUACUGCCAGAGAUCCUGCUUGUGGUGUUCCGCAAACCCCGCGGGCCCCACGCUCGACAGAAGAAGCCAGUUCAGUCGAGCGCGGGGGGCCACCAGUCUCCCCGGUCUUCGGCCAGGCCCCUGCUCAUGAGAACCUUUUCAGAUGAGUCCAAUACUGUCAUUUAAACAGCUGUCAGAGAACGGCCUGCUACAAACAUCCAGAUUGCAGCUGUCACACCACUAUCCUACAAGCACCUGAAGGAGCGCGAGUGAAAGGCAGCAAGGACUUGCAACAACGAUGGCAUCAGCUACUUUCAGGGUAUGGUGCCAGUCGGAUCAGAGCUGUCUGCCAUCCCGCCUGAUCUGAAAAGAGAAGGAGAAGAAAUGGAGGAGAAAAAAAUAAGAAGAAAAAGAGAGAUGUGCUGACUGGGGGGAAGGGACAAAAAGGGGUUUAGCAGUCUUUUGACUCACAUCUUUGCUCCGUCCUCCUCUGCCCAAUCCUAACAUCUCCUAACCCCCCAUGCAUGCCUGCAGAGCAGUGCGCUGCAUUAUUUU